CUAUUGAUGGAGGUUUAUCAAAUUGGAGUGAAUAUUCUGAGUGUUCAGCAUCUUGUGGUGAUGGUAUAAAAGAGAGAGAACGGACUUGUACAAAUCCUAUUCCAAGUGGUGCUGGAAAAGGUUGUGUAGGAGAGUUAUCAGAAGCAGUUAAAUGCAAUUUAGGAAAAUGUCCUGCCAUUAUAGAAAUUCAGAGUUACAAAGUGCUUGAGCCCUCAGAAACACUAAUUUUAAAAGAAGAAUUUCCAUUAGUAAAGGGAAAACUUAUAGCGACUUUAAAAAUAAUGAAUAAAGAAUAUUCAAUAUCAUUUGAAGUAAAACCAACUUCUUUUGAGAAAGGAUGGAAGAGUGUAAUCCAUUUAACUUUAGGAAAUAACUUUGUUACAUAUGGUGAUAGAAAUCCAGGCAUUUGGUUCCAUGAGAAUGGAUUAGGAGGUUUGCACAUAUGUUCUGCUGUUAGUAGCUACCGUAACCUGUGUAAAGAUACAAAUCCUAUUCAAAUUGAUAAAUGGUCUACAAUUAAAGUGACACAACAGUUUUCUGAAGGAAGUUAUGUAUACAGUAUUUACAUUAAUGGAGAAAAUAUUUUUUCUACAAUAAACACUGAUCCUAGAAACUUUGAAAACGUCAAAGUGUUUAUGGCUGAUCCUUGGCAUAAUGCUCAGAAUGGGUUUGUUAGAAAUUUGAGAAUCAUCAAUGGAAAUGAAGGUAAACUGCUUGUCCAAGAGACACAGCUUAUAAGAGGGAAUUUACUUGCUGUGUUACCAAAACUAGAUUUGCAAUAUAUUGUAUCUUUUGAUAUAAAACCAAAUUCAUUCAGCAAAGACUGGCGUAAUGUACUUCAUUUUACUAUUGGUUCUGAUGUUACAAAUUAUGGUGACAGAGUUCCAGGAGUGUGGUUUCACAACAAUGGUGAUGGAAGUCUUUGCAUUGCUGCUCCUAUAAAUGGUAACCUAAAUAGAUUCUUUAUCACAAAACCUGUUCUUGAAAAAGAAUGGUCUCAUGUUGAAGUCAGUCAGCAAUUGGAGAAUGGUGCUUAUAUGUAUACUAUUAGCCUAAAUGGUGAAAAAGUAUUUUCUGAACAGAAUACUGUACCACAAUAUUUUGAAAAUGUCGAAGUUUAUACAUCUGAUCCUUGGUACCCUGCUCAAGAUGGUUUGAUUAAAAAUCUUAUUCUUGUAAAUGGAAAGAAAGAUGAGCCUACGCCGAUUGCUGCUAUUGUUCGUCCAAAAGAGAGUGUAGAUCAACCAAUUCAGCAAGAGCUGAAAAAAAGUAAGCUAACAGUAACAUUAUCUCGCUUGGAGAAAGAAUACACAGUAUCUUUUAAAAUAAAACCAGUUUCCUACAGUCAAGGUUGGAAAAGUGUAAUUCAUCUAACAAAGGGACAAAAUAUUGGGCGAUAUGGAGAUAGAACUCCUGCAGCAUGGUUUCAUCAUGAUGGUUCUGGAAAACUUACUAUUGCUUCAGCUAUUAAUGGAAAUAGUAACUAUUAUUUCAACACCCAGCCUCUUCCUUUGAAUGAAUGGUCAAGCUUUCAAAUUUCUCAGUAUCGAGUUAAUGGAGUUUAUACAUUUGUAGUCUAUUUAAAUGGACAUACUAUCCAUAGUGUUGAAAACUCAAAACCAGAAUCAUUUGAGAAUAUUAAAGUUUAUUUGGGAGAUCCAUGGUAUGAUACACAACCUGGUUUUAUUAAAGAUUUGAGUAUCAUAAAUGGAAAUGUUGAAAAACUUCUAAAAGAUAAGGAAACUCAUUUAGUACAAAGAAACUUAGUUGCUAACAUACCAAAAUUUGGCAAAAUCUAUAGAGUGUCAUUUGAUGUAAAACCAAAUUCAUUUUCUAAAGGUUGGCACAAUGUAAUUCAUUUUACUGUUGGUUCUGAUGCUGAUAAGUAUGGGGAUAGAGUUCCAGGAGUAUGGUUUCAUAACAACGGUGAUGGUAGUCUUCAUAUUGCUGCUCCUAUAAAUGGUGAUAUUAAUCGAUACUUUGACACAACACCUCUUCCUCUUAAUGAUUGGUCGCAUAUUGAAAUAAGUCAGCAGUUGGAAAAUAACAUUUAUAUAUAUAAAAUACAAUUAAAUGGAGAAAAUGUGUUUUCUGAGGUCAACUCCCAACCAAAGUCCUUUGAUAAUGUAAAAGUUUAUGCUUCAGAUCCAUGGUAUCUAGCUCAAGAUGGUUUAAUAAAAAAUCUUGUAAUAAUUAACAGACAACCAGAUGAAGAGUUUUUGCAAAAUGCAGUAGUUGUUGGUGCAGAUGUUGUAGAAGACGCUACUGAGCAUACUAUAGUUAAAGAUAACUUGAUUGCAGAGUUACCAUCUUUGGAAAAGACAUAUUCUGUUUCUUUUAAAAUAAAACCCACACUUUAUUCACAAGGAUGGAAAAGUGUUAUUCAUUUGACUAUUGGACAAAAUAUUGGGCGUUAUGGUGAUAGAACUCCUGCUGUGUGGUUCCUUCAUGAUGGAUCAGGAAGGUUGACUAUUGCUUCAGCAAUUAAUGAUAAUGCUAACUAUUAUUUCCAUACAGAGCCACUACAACUAAAUAAAUGGUCAAGUGUACAAAUUUCACAAGUUCGUAUUAAAGAGGUUCAUACAUUUAUUGUAUACAUAGAUGGAAAAGUUAUACACAGUGUUGAAAAUACCAAGCCACAGUCUUUUAAGAAUGUUAAAGUUUAUACUGCUGACCCAUGGUAUGAUACACAAGAUGGCUCUCUCAAAGACCUUAGAAUUAUUAAUGGAAAUGUUGAGAAACUUAUAGAAGAUAGAGAAACACCCUUGGUUCAAAGAAAUCAAGUGGCAGUCAUUCCAAAGUUGGAAAAAUCUUUUAGAGUUUAUUUUGAUGUAAAACCAAAGUCGUUCUCAAAAGGGUGGCACAAUGUUAUUCAUUUCACUAUUGAUUCAGAUGUUAACAAGUAUGGUGAUAGAGUUCCAGGUGUAUGGUUUCAUAACAGUGGGGAUGGUAGUCUUUACAUUGCUGCUCCUAUAAAUGGCAAUCUUGAUAGAGUGUUUAAAACUGAACCUCUUCUUCUCAAUGAGUGGUCACAUGUUGAGAUUAGUCAACAGUUAGAAAAUAAUAUUUAUUUAUACACUAUCAAAUUAAAUGGAGAAAUUAUUUUUUCUGAAGAAAAUUCACAGCCAAAAUCUUUUGAUAAUGUUAAAGUUUAUGCUUCUAAUCCAUGGUAUGCAGCUCAAGAUGGCUUUAUAAAAGAUCUUAGUAUUGUAAAUGGAAAACCAGACGAUGAACUGUUGCCUAAUGUUUUGCUUAUCACAAAAGAUUAUUUAGAAAUGCUUACUGAAGAGAUUUUAAAAAAAAAUAACUUAGUUGCCACAUUGCCAUAUUUGGAAAAAACAUAUUCAGUUUCAUUUGAGCUUAUGCCCAGAUCCUACUCACAAGGGUGGAAAAGUGUGAUUCAUUUGACUAUUGGGCAAAACAUAGGGCAGUAUGGAGAAAGAACACCUGCUGUAUGGUUUCUUCAUGAUGGGUCAGGCAGGCUUGCUAUUGCUUCUGCAAUUAGUGGAAAUCAGAAUUAUUAUUUCCUAACAGAUCCUCUUAAUCUGAAUGAGUGGUCAAACCUUCGAAUAUUACAAUAUCGUAAUAAUGGAGUUUAUAUAUUUUCAGUUUAUAUUAAUGGAAAACUUAUUCAUAGUAUUGAAAAUACAAAACCACAAUCGUUUAAAAAUGUUAAAGUGUAUACUGCUGACCCAUGGUAUGAUGCUCAGGAUGGUUCUAUUAAAGACCUUAGAAUUGUUAACGGGAACAUCGAACAACUAAUAGAAAACAAAGAAACACGUUUGGUUCAAAGCAAUUUGGUGGCAGUUAUUCCUAAGUUAGAAAAAUCUUACAAAAUAUAUUUUGAUGUGAAGCCAAAUUCAUUUUCAGAAGGGUGGCAUAAUGUUAUUCAUUUCACUAUUGGUUCAGAUGUUAACAAGUAUGGUGAUAGAGUUCCAGGAGUAUGGUUUCAUAACAGUGGUGAUGGUAGUCUUUACAUUGCUGCUCCUAUAAAUGGCAAUCUUGAUAGAGUAUUUAAAACUGAACCUCUUCCUCUUAAAAAGUGGUCGCAUGUUGAGAUUAGCCAACAAUCGGAAAAUAACAUUUAUGUAUACACAAUAAAAUUAAAUGGAGAAAAUAUUUUUUCGGAAGAAAAUACACAACCAAAAUCUUUUGAUAAUGUUAAAGUUUUUGCUUCAGAUCCAUGGUAUCGUGUACACGAUGGUUCAAUAAAAGAUCUUGCUAUCAUUAAUGGAAAACCAGAUGAGGAAUCUUUGUCAAAUGUUGUACUUGUCACAAAAGAUUUGGACCUUGCUACUGAAGAAAUGUUAAAAAAAAAUAAUCUGAUUGCAACAUUACCAUUAUUGGAUAAAGCAUAUUCAGUUUCUUUUAAUCUUAAGCCUAAUUCAUAUUCAGUAGGAUGGAAAAGUGUAAUUCAUUUGACUAUUGGUCAAAAUAUUGGACAAUAUGGAGAAAGAACCCCUGCUGUAUGGUUUCUUCAUGAUGGCUCAGGAAAGCUGACCAUUGCUUCUGCCAUUAAUGGGAAUCCAAAUUAUUAUUUCCAUACAGAUCCUCUUCCUCUUAAUCAGUGGUCAAACAUUCGAAUCUCUCAAUUUCGAUUUAAUGGAGUCUAUACAUUUACUGUUUAUAUUAAUGGAAAAGUUAUUCAUAGCAUUGAAAAUACAAAACCACAAUCAUUCAAAAAUGUUAAAGUGUAUACUGCUGAUCCAUGGUAUGAUGAACAGGAUGGUUUCAUUAAAGACCUUAGAAUUAUCAAUGGAAACAUUGAGCAACUGAUUGAAGAUAAAGAAACUCCUUUGGUUCAAAAUAAUUUAGUAGCAAUUGUUCCUCGAUUAGAGAAAAUAUUUAAAGUAUUUUUUGAGGUGAAACCAAAUUCAUUUUCAGAGGGUUGGCAUAAUGUUAUUCAUUUUACUAUUGGUUCUGAUGUCAGCAAAUAUGGUGAUAGAGUUCCAGGAAUAUGGUUUCAUAACAGUGGUGAUGGUAGUCUUUAUAUUGCUGCUCCUAUAAAUGGCAUACUUGAUAGGGUUUUCAAAACAGAGCCUCUUCCUCCUAAAGAGUGGUCACACAUUGAAAUUAGUCAACAAUUUGUUUCCGAUGUUUAUUUAUUUUCAGUUUCAUUGAAUGGAAUAAAUGUAUUUUCUGAACAGAACAACCAGCCUGAAACUUUUGAAAAUGUUAAGGUCUUUGCCUCAGAUCCAUGGUACUCUGUUCAGGACGGUUCAAUAAAGAACCUUUUCAUUGUUAACGGAGAGCUAGAUGCAAAUGUUUCUGAUACACAAGUAAUUUCAAAAUAUUCGGGUUCAAAAUGGAAUUUGCUAAAAAAAGGUGCUUGCUUUGAGGGGAAAAAUGAUCAACCAGCAGAAGUUCCCAUUAAUCGAAAUGGUGCAAUAGUUGAAGUAAAGCUUGUACAUCAAACUGGUCGUGUAAAAUGUGCCGAUUUUUUUAUAGGCAGUAAUUUUGGUUGUUUCAAUGAUCAAACAUUAUUCAGUGUUUUUAUUUGUAAUAAAAACAAAAAAGUUCUUUUCCCAUCUUCCAGGAAACCGCUUACAUUUCCAGAUAACAGAAACUACAUAUACCCCGGGUACCUUCCAACCGAUAAAGAGGUUAUUCUUACCAACUAUGACGAUCCUUCUUACUUUAACAAAGGAGAUUCGAUCUAUAUUUGGAAUAAUGAAGAUCUUUAUAACGCCGGUGAAGGAGAUAACGUCGGACGAGCUUGUGUUGAUGUAUACGUUUCAUUUGCAGAUUAGUGUUUAGUAUUUUUAACGUUUUAAUAUUUGGUUUAUUGUUAUUAUUAUAUAUAUAU